AUGGCUACGAAAAAUAAACUUGAGUUACCAUCUCCACCUACAUUCUCUCAAAUGAUGGAAGAUAUUGAUAUAAUGUCAUCAGAUGAUAAAAUUUUUAAAUUAUUUCAACUUGAACAAUUGGCAGAACAAGCAGAACAAUACGGUACCAAAUCAACGAAUGAAACUACAGUUGAACAGACAUAUUGGCUUAUUAAUAAAUUUCUUGCGCGAUUAGAAACAUUGCAACGUCUUGAUACAUCAUUAACUACUCAAAAUGAUUCAGCCAAUGAUCAACUUGAAAAGAAAUUAAAAGAUAUUAUUGAACAACUUCAAAUGUGUCUAACUAAAUUACAGACUAAUCCUUCUUCGAAUACUAAAAAUAUUUUAUCUCGUAAUAAAAAUUGA